UAAAUUCAGAUGUUCUACUCCCUUCCGUCUAUCGUUACAAAAGCAGGAAAAAACCGAGCAUCCUCCAUUUACACUUUCAGUUUCUUAUUGCCUUUUUCAAGUCCUUUACAAGUUGGCAUUUUCAACAUUGCUUCAAUCUCGCGUAUGUUCUUGAUUCUUUGGCUCUCUUUUUGGGUUGUUCUUAGAUUCUUUCUUUUUCUUUUUAUCAUCACAUCGGUAUUUGAUUUAAGGAGAGGAAAUAUAAGUUGGGUUUUCUUGUGAUAAUAAUUUUUGGGUUCUUGGCGGUGGGUUGCGAGAACUAGCCGGAGAAAGGGCCCGCGAGAUCUCGCUAUCAUAGAUUGCAGUCGAAGAAGUGUGGAGGCAGAAAAUAUUAAAUUGAUAAAUGGAGCCAGUUGGCAUGGAGAUGAACAUUUCCCAACAACACUCUUCUGAUCCUCUCCCAUUUGCCAGAAGCUAUCAGCUUGAAGCACUAGAGAAAGCUAUCAAGCAAAACACAAUAGCUUACUUGGAAACUGGCUCUGGCAAGACACUGAUUGCCAUCAUGCUUCUUCGCAGAUAUGCCUACCUUGUUCGCAAGCCUUCACCUUUUAAUGCUGUCUUCUUGGUUCCCCAAGUUGUCCUGGUUGAACAACAAGCUGAUGCUGUGGAAAUGCAUACGGACUUGAAUGUGGGCAAGUAUUGGGGAGAUAUGGAGGUUGACUUUUGGGAUGAUGCGAAAUGGAAGCAGGAAAUUGAUAAAUAUGAGGUGCUUGUGAUGACACCUCAAAUUUUACUUAAUGGAUUGAGGCAUGGCUUCUUCAACAUAAACAUGAUUAAGGUUUUGAUAAUUGAUGAAUGCCAUCAUGCCCGAAGAAAGCACCCUUAUGCUUCCAUUAUGACAGAAUUCUAUCAUCGGCAAUUAGAAGCUGGUGUAUCUGAUCUUCCUAGGAUUUUCGGGAUGACUGCUUCCCCUAUAAACACAAAAGGGGCAAACUCAGCUGAUGGCUAUUGGCAGAAGAUCCAUGAACUAGAGACGAUUAUGAAUUCAAAGGUGUAUACAUGUGUAAGUGAAUCAGUGCUUGCUCAGUUCGUUCCAUUUUCGACUCCAAAGUUCAAGUUUUACCAAGACAUGGAAAUUCCAUAUGUUUUAUAUGCAUGCAUGGUACAGGAAUUGAAUGUUUUGAAAGUAAAGCAUGAAUGUUCGUUGGACAAUUUGGAUCUUGAAGCUUCUGCAGCAGAAUCUACGAGAAGGAAAAUAUCAAAGAUGCAUUCAGCUUUAAUACAUUGUUUGGACGAGCUUGGUGUCUGGUUGGCUUUAAAGGCUGCAGAGUACUUGUCAUGUUAUGAAAGUGAGUUUCUUAUGUGGGGGAAAUUGGAUGUCUUUGGCGAGAAAAUUGUUAGGAGUUACACUGUGGAUGCUUUCCAUGCCAUUAGAACAUGCAUACCAUCUGAUCCAGAUUGGACCAUCGUUAAUGAUGUUAAAGCCAGUGUGGAUGCUGGGUUUCUUACCACAAAAGUUUUAUGCCUUAUUGAAUCUCUUUCUGAAUACAGGGUGUUGAAAGACAUAAGGUGUAUAAUUUUUGUGGAGAGAAUUAUAACAGCAGUUGUGCUUCAAUCACUAUUCAGUGAAUUGCUUCCGAAGUACGGUAACUGGAAGACUAAAUACAUUGCAGGAAAUAACUCUGGAUUGCAGAACCGGACUAGGAAAAAACAAAAUGAAAUUGUAGAAGAAUUCCGAAAAGGCAUUGUAAACGUAAUUGUUGCAACUUCGAUUCUUGAGGAAGGCUUGGAUGUUCAAGCAUGCAACUUAAUUAUCAGAUUUGAUCCUUCGCCGACAGUUUGUAGUUUUAUACAGUCUCGAGGACGUGCUAGAAUGCAGAAUUCAGAUUAUCUAUUAAUGGUGAAGACCGGGGAUUUUUCUACUCAUUCUCGACUGAAGAACUAUCUUACUAGUGGAGAUGUAAUGAGAAAGGAAUCUCUGUGCCAUGCAUCUGAUCCUUGUUCUCCUCUAAGCAAUGACUUAUGUGAUGAAGAGUUCUACCAUGUUGCAAGUACAGGGGCAUUUAUGACUCCUAGUUCAAGUGUUGGUUUGAUAUACUUCUAUUGCUCACGCCUCCCUACAGACAGAUAUUUUAAACCUACUCUGAGGUGUAUCAUAGACAAGCAAAUGGGGAUUUGCACCCUCCAUCUACCCAAGAGUUCCCCUAUACAAACUGUUUGUGUUAAGGGAAACUUCAAAAGCCUAAAGCAGAAGGCAUGCUUUGAAGCAUGCAAGCAACUCCAUCAAUUUGGUGCUUUGACAGAUAAUCUUGUGCCUGAUAUUGUUGUGGAAGAAAAUGAUGCUGAAGAAAUUGGAAAGGAAUCCUAUAAUGAUGAUCAACCGAUUUUUUUUCCUCCUGAACUGGUGAAUCAAGAUUCACAGGAGUCCAUGACAAAAUACUACUGCUACUUAAUGGAGUUGAAGCAGAACUUUGGUUAUGAGAUUCCUGUUCAUAACAUCAUACUCCUUGUCAGGAGUCAGCUUGAAAUGGAAGCAAAAAGUAUUGAGUUAGAAGUUGAUAGGGGCACUCUGACAGUUAACUUGAAAUAUAUUGGGCUGAUACGUCUUAGUUCUGACCAGGUUAUCUUGUGUAGAAGGUUUCAGAUUGCUCUUUUUCGAGUUCUUAUGGAUCAUAAAGCAGAAAAGUUGACAGAGUUGUUAUCUGACCUUACGUCAGGGAACAAUUCUGAAAUCGAUUAUCUUCUUCUCCCAUCAAAUUACAUGGGCCAACCCGUGAUUGAUUGGUUGUCAAUUUCUUCCAUCUUAUUUUCUUAUGAGAAGGUCUGGAAGAAUCAUGUGAACUGCAAUGCUGGCAUGAUACAGACCAAAAGUGGUCUGGUGUGCACUUGCAUGAUAAAAAAUUCGUUGGUCUCUACUCCUCAUAAUGGUCACACAUAUAUUAUUGACGGUCUUUUAAAUAAUAUAAAUGCAAAUUCACUUUUGACACUGAGUGAUGGAGGAGUAAUGACCUACAAGGAAUAUUAUGAACAACGACAUGGUAUCCAUUUAUGUUUUAGUCGAGUCUCUUUCCUUGCUGGGCGACACAUUUUCCCCGUGCAAAAUCACAUUCAAAGGUGCAAAAAACAGAAAGAGAAAGAAUCCAGUAACGCAUUUGUAGAAUUGCCUCCUGAGCUUUGUGAUGUAAUAAUGUCUCCCAUAUCGAUUAGCACAUUUUAUUCUUUCACAUUUCUUCCAUCAAUCAUGCAUCGACUCGAGUCUUUACUCCUUGCUACCAGCUUGAAAAAGAUGCUUCUCGAUCAUUGUGUCCAUAAUGUUGCUAUUCCAACCAUGAAGGUUUUGGAGGCAAUUACCACAAAAAAGUGCCUGGAAAGUUUUCAUUUGGAAUCACUGGAGACUCUUGGUGAUUCUUUUUUGAAGUAUGCUGUUUGUCAACAGCUAUUCAAAAAACAUCAGAAUCAUCAUGAGGGCCUUCUUAGUAUUAGGAAGGACAAAAUGAUUUCAAAUACAACCCUUUGCAUGCUGGGAUGUGACAAGAAACUUCCGGGAUUUAUCCGUGAUGAGCCUUUCGAUCCCAAAGGUUGGAUGGUUCCUGGUUAUAAUUGUGGAAGAUAUACAUUAGAUGAGGAGACAUUGAAUACAAGAAAAAUAUAUGUUAGUGGGAGAAGGAAGCUGAAGAGUAAGAAGGUUGCUGAUGUUGUUGAGGCUCUUAUCGGUGCAUAUCUUAGCAUGGGAGGUGAAGCUGCUGCAUUAUUAUUUUUGAAUUGGAUUGGUAUAACUAUUGAUUUUAGAAAUAUACCGUACGAAAGACAUUUCGAAGUGCAGGCUGAAAAGUUUGUUAAUGUCCAACAUUUAGAGUCUCUUCUUAACUAUUCAUUUCAAGACCCUUCUUUUUUAGUGGAAGCACUAACACAUGGUUCUUACAUGCUUGCUGAAAUUCCAGGAUGUUAUCAGCGGCUGGAAUUUCUAGGGGACUCCGUUUUAGAUUAUCUCAUCACUCGGCAUUUAUAUAAUAAUUAUCCUGGGAUCUCACCAGGAUUAUUAACGGAUCUGAGGUCAGCAUCUGUUAACAACAAUUGCUAUGCAUUAUCAGCUGUUAAGGCUGGAUUGCAUAAGCACAUUCUCCAAAGUUCACAGAAGCUUUACAAGCAUAUAAAAGAAACUGUUGAAAGUUUUCGGGAAUUAUCGUUGGAUUGCACUUUCGGUUGGGAAUCUGAAAAAUCUUUCCCCAAGGUACUGGGUGAUGUGAUGGAGUCACUUGCUGGGGCUAUAUUUGUUGAUUCAGGAUACAACAAGGAAACUGUAUUCCGGAGUAUCAGGCCACUGUUGGAGCCCCUGAUUACUCUAGAGACUAUGACGGUCCACCCCGUGAAGGAGUUGAAUGAACUUUGUCAAAAGAAGCAUUAUGAACAAAGAAAACCCAUUGUUUCACAUGACAAUGGGGUUUCUUCUGUUACCAUAGAGGUUGAAGCAAAUGGCGAGGUAUUAAAGCACACAUCAACAGCUUCUGAUAGGAAGAUGGCCAAGAAACUGGCUUCCAAAGAAAUUUUGAAGUCCCUAAAGGGAGCCAAUUUUUGCUAGAUUUUGCAGUUGACCUCAAUGUUAGCUACUCAAAGAGCUUGGUUUAGACAUUCAGCCUUCUUCUCAGUAGAAACUACUUGAUCAGAAAAGAAAAGGAAAAAUGCAUCUUCAUCAUUUUUUCUGGCAUCUGAAAAAGCUUGUUUUAGUGAUGAGAACGGUGUCCAUUAAUGCAUCUUACUCGUUGCUGCAUGCAAUGCUUCAAGAAGUUGAGAGCAGGUAAUUUUUUGUUUAAUGUUGUUGCUGGUUCAUUUUUGGUACUAAUUGAUCUGCCAUUUGGGUUGGAACACAUCAUAAGGUCUUUUGCUCAUCUUUGUAAAUCUUGUUCUUGCACUUUUAAACACUACUGUUAUUCUAUCUUAAUGGUUUUCUUACCAUGAUUCUUAAAUUUACAUAUUUAUUAAUUCUGGAAA